GCGCGACCACUGUUAUCGGUGAUGACCGCAUUGUAGACGUGAGCUCUUGUAGUAUAUCAAUCGCCUCAUCCACACCAAUGUCACAAACGUCGAGUCGACCGCCGUCUGAGGCCAACAACAGAGCCUACUGGUUCGCGAGUGCACCCAAACAGACAGCCACCGGCAUGAGAGCAGUUGGUGGUAACGAUUAUCAAUUACCCGUUGAUAUUACCGACACCGCCGGUGAUGAGUGUCUGUGCGCUGACAAGUGUCCCAUCGCUCAAAGGGGUCGACAAAUAAUGCUUAAUAAUAACGCAAAUCAAAUGAAUAAUAAUAAUUAUUAUAACACUAGCGAUAGUCCCCACCUCUUAAUGGAUGCUUUGAAUUUGCAGAUAUCUAAUAGAAAUUACCGUAAAGUAAUUAGACCCAGAUAUCAGGCUACCAGUGCGUCCAAUCCGGCGACACCGCAUACCGAUACCUAUUGGUUUGCACAGACAGGUGUCGAGCCUGUUGUGUCUCCCGACACAGACGGAAGGGAUGGCUUGAAAUUUGAGGAAAAGUUGCGUUUAUGUCGCGAACGACAAGAGGAUGAGAGACAGAGACGGUUACAGGACAUAGAG